GUGUUCAAGACUCCGCCGCUGCCUGCUCUCUGUCCUCAGCGAGUUCAACACUUCUGCCUUUCCUUUGUGGAGAUCGACAGCUGCUGCCCAAAACAAAGAAUCAUGGUCCAAGCUAAGACCUGGGUCCUGACCAAGCACUUUGAUGGCUUCCCAAAGGACAGCGACUUUGAGCUGAAGGUGGAGGAGCUCCCUGCACCCAAGGAUGGGGAGGUGCUUUUGGAAGCAGUGUUUCUCAGUGUCGACCCAUACAUGAGGCCGUUCAGUAGAUUUCGCAUGAAUGAAGGCGAUGUGAUGAUCGGAACUCAAGUGGCCAAAGUUAUUCAAAGUAAUAACGCAGCAUUUCCCGUGGGAAGCCACGUUGUUGGUCGCGGUGGCUGGAGAACCCACACAGUCUGCGACGGGACCGACCUCAUUCCCAUCAUGCCUGAAUGGCCACAAGACGUCUCGAUGUCCCUGGCUCUGGGUGGCAUCGGCAUGCCGGGGCUGACGGCUCUGUACGGGAUAGAAGAAGUCCUGGGGCUCCAGAAGGGCGAGACCCUGCUGGUGAACGCUGCGGCCGGGGCGGUGGGCUCCAUCGUGGGUCAGAUCGCCAAGAUAAAGGGCUGUAAGGUGGUGGGCUCGGCGGGGUCUGAUGCCAAGGUGGCUUUCCUCAAAGAGCUGGGCUUCGAUGAGGCCUUCAACUACAAGACUGUUGGUUCCCUGGAGGAGGCGCUGAAGAAGGCGUCUCCAGGCGGAUAUGACUGCUUCUUUGAAAAUGUGGGAGGCCCUUCUUCAACUAUUGCCAUGCAACAGAUGAAGGACUUUGGAAGAAUAGCCGUGUGUGGAGCUAUUUCCACAUACAAUGACACCGCGCCACAAACAGGCCCGUACCCCCACCUGACCAUGAUCAUCAAGCAGCUGAAGGUGGAGGGCUUCAUGCAGAGCAGGUGGGAGCACAAGCACCCCGAGACCCUCAAGAGGCUGAUGGGAUGGUUGAAAGAGGGCAAACUGCAGUGUCGGGAGCACAUCACAAAAGGCUUUGAAAAGAUGCCGGCUGCUUUCAUGGGAUUACUGCAGGGAGAGAACGUGGGCAAGGCUGUCGUCGCAGUCUGAAGCAGAACGUGAGAUCAACGCAGAAGAAUCAGUAUUAACAUCUGACUCCAUAUUACAGAAUACACACAUGAAGGACGAAGCAUCAGACGGUUACAACUAACUUCUUACACAUUAACCAUGGGAGGAAAUGUGAUUUAUCUUUUUGAGCAUUAGUUCGGGAUUCAUUGUUAGAGUUUAAUAACAAUGAGUAAGAGUUUUAUGAAACUCUGGUCUGUUUGGAUUUUCAUUCAUUGUAAAGCACAUUUUCUUAUAAUGCAUUUAAAGGGGGGAGAAAUGAAAAAAGUUACUUUUAAAAAAUCAGGUUUGGAGACACAAAUCUGAGCAUUUCUUCCUCAAAUAUUAGCACUUACUGACUAUGUUUGACUAAUUUUCAAAGUUUUGAAAGUACCUUCUGCUGCUGAUACAUUCAUACAUCAUCCACUGUUACUUGUUAGAGGUUUUGUAUAAGAAAUAAAAUUGGGACUUUUUUCCA